GAGACGUCUAGGCGACUUUCCUGGCUGCCGGAAGCCGCAGACUUCUCCAGGUUGUGGGUAUCCCCGGCGGCGUGAUGCCCUCCCCAUUCUCGGUCAGAACCUUCCCGGUCAGCAUCCCCGCGGUGAUCAUGGAGACAGACUGGACAGAGCCCUGGCUCCUAGGACUUGUCGUCUUCCAUGUGCUGUGCCUGCUCCUUACCUGCUUCUCAUCAAAGAGGUAUAAACUACAGAUCGGACACUUCCUGUGCCUCGUCACGUUGGUCUAUUGUGCUGAGUAUAUCAAUGAAGCAGCUGCAAUGAACUGGAGAUCGUUUGCAAAAUACCAGUAUUUCGAUUCCCGGGGGAUGUUCAUUUCUCUCGUGUUCUCAGCACCGUUGCUGGUGAACGCCAUGGUCAUCGUGAUUAUGUGGGUUCGGAAGACUUUGAAAGUGAUGUCUGACCUAAAGAACUUGCAAGAAAAGAGAAAGGAGAGGAAAAGGAGAAGAAAGGAGGAAUAGCGGCCAGCUGUUGCUGUGGACCUUGUUUUCCUCUGGUUGUUUCCAGCUGUAGGCUGCGCAGGGCCCAGAUGUCCUCUGGCAGCGGACUCAUGGUCUGGAAAAUGGUUCUUAGAUUUCACACCCACAAACAUGGAGCCUUCAAAGAGCAUCAGUGUCACCUGGAUGCUGAUUGAACAUGGAACCACAUUUGCCUGGUGGGAGCUCUGGUUCAGCCGCAGGAAGAGUCCCAUGCGGCUUCUCACGGUUUGCUGGCAGACCGCAUCCUGCAACUAAUGUUCACGCCGUCUCAAGUGUGGAAACUGAAAAAUAAACAGCGCCAUCCUGCCUUGUGGCACCACAACCCACUCGCUGUUCUGUUUCUGACCUGUAGGGGUCGCUCUUUGUUAAAAAGGUGAUCUUGUUCCCCCAGAACAAGGGUCACCACAGAUAGGCAUGGCACUUGUGUUUGUUGGGUAAAGACUAGGAUGCUGAAAUCUUAGAGGACACAGGAUGGUCCCCCACCCCGCCCCCCGGGGAAUAUUGUUCUGUAUGUGAUGCCAGCAGCACCCAGGCAGAGGGAACUGCACAGCAGGUCUGGAAAGGAAUGUAGUGUAUCAGUUCCCAUGAAGCUAAACCUCUGAAGAAUUGAGUUGGGGCUCUGCCACUGAAAAUGUUUUGUUUAAAAAUAUUAAGCUAGCAUGGAAGCUGUAAAGUCCAGACUCCAUGGGAAAUAGUAUGUCAGAUGAACCGUUGGGUGUUGUUUUCUCUGGGUACAGAAUUAUAAAUGCUUGCAUGCUCGCUGAAUGGCGUGGCUGUUUCUUUACAGCUUGCGACAGGCACAGACCUGUUCCUCCUGAGUGUCACACCUUGUACAGCUGGGGGUUGGCAAGCACAGAGAAGGACACAUUGCUUCUGUCUCAUCAGAUGUCCUUAGUCUCUAUGGAAUCUGGAGCAGUAAACCUCCAGAAAUUACCAAGUACUAGAGACUAGACUUAGAAACAGCAUUCAGUACUGGGAACUCUAUAGACUCUUAGCUUUAGUUUAAAGGAAUAUUUGUGAAUAGUUUUCUUUAUUUAGUUGGAGUUUUCUCCUUUCUAAAUGAAACAUUCUUCCAAGUUCUAAAAUACAGUAAAAUCUAGAUAAAAGUAUUUAAAGGUAAAAGUAGACAGUUUGGUAGAUUCCAGUUAUGUCCUGGAGCCCGGCUCUUAUAGAAAGGCCCCUGACCGAACGUGACAGUCUGAUAAGGUGUGAGAGCUUGGCUCCUUCAUGAAGCCACUGCAGCCUUCAGCUGACCUGAGUUCUCAAUUGCUUGACUUGUUCCACUUUUACAUUGCACCAAAAAAGUUCUAAAGGAAAUAUCAUAGUAUAUUAAGUCAGAUGUUUUUAAUUUAAAAUCGCACUGUUAAGUCAUGGACAUUGUAUCUAAUGGUCUGUUUCUGAAAAUUACUGGUUCAGGGUGUUUAUUCAUUUUAUGGCUACAAAGGCACUCGCUAUAACAUUGGCUAGUUUCACAGAAAAUAAAACCAAAUUGAUCAGUUACAUUUAGUUAGAUAAAUCUGAAAGCAGGAGAGUGUCAAGGAGGCUUAGAACUCGUCAACCAGGCCUGUUCCCCUUGGCCUUUGUGUCCGAGGCUUGUACAAAAUGUGUCAGGGAGUGGUUGAGCUGCCUGAGUCCUGACAUUGUGCAGGACAGCUUCAUGGGUGCUGGAGAGGAGACACAGAGGAAGCAGGGCACUUGUAGGUGCUGCGCACUUUACAGCACUGGUUCCAUUGUUUGGACUGGCUGCAUUUGCAACCAAUCAGCUUAAUCUAAUUUUCUCUGAUAAAAUAGCACAAAGGUAUUAUUACUUCACUGUAUAUUGAUAUUAAUACCUCGGACUUUACAUAACCCUGACCUUAACUUUUGGGCUUUUGUGCCUUUUCUCUGCAUAUGUGGUUGUGAAUGCACACGUGCUUAGUUUUUGAGACAAUUAGAGUUGUUGGUUUU